CCUCCUGCCCCUCUGCAGAGCCCAGCACUCCUCAAGAUGAGAACGGACCUGGAGCUGGCGCUGGAGUGCGCCGUUAACGUUUACCACCGCUACGCGCUGCAGCGGCCGCUGGACGAUUUCCUGAGCCGCAGCGAGUUCUCCAAACUGCUCAAGGAGGAGGCCGAGCCCUUCCUGAGGAACACGGCGCCGCCCAACACCAGCACCGACACCUACAUCAACCAACUCUUCACCAAAGCCGACGCCAACCGCGACGGGCGCCUCAAGUUCACCGAGUUCCUGAGCACGCUGAGCCUGGUGGCCAUCGAUGCCCACAACCGGUCCCACCAGGGGUCUGGGGGUGACCACGGCCAUGACCAUGACCACGGCCACGGCCACGGCCACCGCCACUGAGGCGGGAACGUCCCCGCGGUGCCAGCCCUCGCCUGCACCCGAAUUUUGUCACCUGCUUCUACUUUCGUGGCACUGAAAUGAAUAAAAUUACUCCG